UUCUAUGGAUUUUUUAUACUGUUCCAGAAUGGUUUUAUCUUCAUUACUUGUUUUAUUUAUUUAUAAUUGGGAUAUUUCUUUAAACGUUUAAGAUCAUGUUAAGAACAUUUGCAGGACGAUGCUCGAUCCUUUUUAUUGUCACAUUAUGCAUUGCAGUGGCGUUACAAAGUCAAGAUGACACCUAUAGUAAUAACAAUCAUUAUCGAAGUGUAAAUAACGAUCGAAAACCUACAAUUAGUAAUGAUAAAAAUCAGGAAUUACAAAGGUCAAAAAGGUUGUUAUUUUACAAAAAGAAAGCUCAACAACCAGGAUUUUUUGGCAUGAUAGGUCAAUUAUUUUAUCAGCAAGUAAAUGAAACAACUAGUGCUUAUAGACAAAUAUCCAAAAUAAUUCGUAGUAAUUUUAUUGAUCCAAAUGAGGUGACAACAACGACGACACCAAGUUCAGAUCCAAAUGCCACAACAACAAUGGCACCAUAUAGAAUAACACGUGAAGAUUUUUUUGGAAUCUUAAGGAGAAAUUUACGCGGUUUAAUCCGAUUAUUCCAAGUUGAAAUUAAAGAUGCAUUGAAUCAAAGUAGAUACAGCAUUAGUGACUACCGUAAAGAAUUUAGUAACGAAAUUGGAAGAAUUAUUGGAUAAAAAUUAAAACAACAAAUUGUAGUUCAAUUACAAAAAGGGGUCAAAAAUACAAAAAGGUCAUCAAACAAUGGUUUUGCACACUCAAGAAGGUUGUUAGAUGUAGACUACAAUAUGUGAUGGAUGGAUCCUUGAUACUACGUAAUAAAUUUCAGCAUAUGAUUGAAGUGAGAAAGUAAGGAAGCGCAGCAAAACAAGAAUCAUUAAAUUUAGUUACGUGGUGUUGAUGAACCAAAAAAACAAUACUUCUAUCCUAUAAUUUUUCAAAUUAAUACGAAUACUUACGUCUUACAUUUAAAUGGAAAAUGUAACGAUUUAUUCUUGGAAUAUUAAGUCAUAUAUAAUUCAACUGGUCCAAGUUAGAAUACGAAAUACGGUGUAGUUAGAAAACGAAAGAGUAGUACAUCAAUUUUAUUGUGAUUUUACGGGAAAUUUAUUAUUUUAAUUAUACUUAAAGUGUAUUUAAUGUCACUAUUGAAUCGUAAAUUUGUUACCAAAAACCAUAUAUGCGUCAAGUUGUUUAAACUGAUCAAUAUAAGAAAAAAUAUAUAUUAAAAAACCUAUAAUCUGAUCCGAUAA